AUGCCCCCCAAAAAGCCUGAGCCCAAGAAGGCAGAACCAAAGGAAGCACCGAAGCCACAGCCGCCGCCACCGGAACCGGAACCUCCAAAAGAAGUCGUGUUCGACCCUUCCAAAAUCACAAUUGAAUUCACAGCGGAACAAAUUGAAGAGUUCAAGGAAGCCUUCUCUCUCUUUGAUCGCACGCCCAAGAACGAGCUGAAAAUCACCUACGCCCAGUGUGGGGACGUCCUGCGGGCGUUGGGACAGAAUCCAACCAAUGCUGAGGUUUUGAAAGUCCUUGGUCGGCCCAAGCAAGAAGAGAUGAAUUCUAAAAUGAUGGACUUCGAGACCUUCCUUCCUAUGCUCCAACAUGUGUCCAGGUCCAAAGAGAAGGGCACCUAUGAGGACUUUGUGGAGGGUCUGCGCGUGUUUGAUAAAGAAGGGAAUGGCACUGUGAUGGGGGCUGAACUCCGCCAUGUUUUGGCCACUCUAGGUGAGAGAAUGACUGAAGAGGAGGUGGACAAGUUGAUGGCAGGGCAGGAGGAUGCCAACGGCUGUAUCAACUAUGAAGCUUUUGUAAAGCACAUCAUGGCAAGCUGA